AUGAGCACAGUCAAACAAGCCCUUCCUACUAUCGUAGUCACUCAGAGUGAGUUGGACCAUUUCGCCUUGCGUCGUUAUCGACGCAGGCAGUUCAUGUUUCAGCAACAGAUAUUCGAGCACUACAUGAGACCGAGCAAUGCAUUCCGAAGGUAUAAUGGUUGCAGAUUCGUAGCUGUAUUAGGUGCCGCUUUGAUUUUGACGGGUCUGUUGAUACGUAACAUGUCUCAGAGCACGUUGGUGAUGGCUGAAUACAGAGUUGGUCAGUCAGAGGUUAUUUUCAACGUAUCCAAGCAGUUACAGGGUCCAUUCGGAGUCUAUGUUUAUUUGAAUAACUUUUAUUCCAACGUUCGGCAGUACAUUGAUGCAAAUCCAGAGUACUUCUCGGCUGAUCACACAUGCGAAUCGGUAACCACGGCGGCUGAAGUCUGGGACAUCCGUUCCAAAGAAUCCUUUCCCGAAUUCAGCAAUUCAACCAACCCGGAAGCCCCCUUCUACCCCUGCGGCCGACAGUCGGCUACUUUCUUCAAUGACUACUUCUCGAUACAUCAAUUAGUGUGUCGCGAAGAAUACUGUCCCUCAGGGCCUGGAUCUCCGUCGGCCAAGAAAGCAUCUCCGUCGGCCAAGAAAGCAUCACCUGACGGGGUAUCAUCUGAGGGGGUAUCACCCGAGGGGGUGUCACCCGACGGAGUGUCACCCGAGGGGGUGUCACCCGACGGGGUGUCACCCGACGGAGUGUCACCCGACGGGGUGUCACCCGACGGGGUGGCACUUGACCACUGGCAACUAGGAACUGAGGUUGCUGGUGAGGCUGUGUCUGCUAGGAAAGUUUAUGCACCAGACGGCGAACGGGAGGUCUACCUUGUUAGCAGCAGCGAGCAGCCCGCAUCUGAGCCCAGUGAAACUGGACUUGACGACGAGCUAACUGGACUUGGUGACGAGUACAGUCAGAUUGGUGGUGCGGGGCUGGGGAGAACUGGGCUUAAAGCUGUAGACGGAGAUCUGACGUGCUGCAUCAAAGGUGAAGAGGAAGUCAUGAUAACCGACCAGAUCGCCCCAACGCAGUGGUUCCCUUUGUUUAGUGUCCAGCCAAGAAAAGACCAAUGGACUGACAUCAUUACCAACAACAGACUGCAAGCUUGGUACUACAAACCCUUCCUGAAUAAUCGAGCCGUGCUGCUAGGCAUUCUUUCAAAUUACUAUCUCUCACCUGCCAACUACCUUAUCACGUUCACCCAAAACGUGUGGCCUGCUCACACAUUCAGGACCAGGAAACAAAUCGCUGUUGCUACCUUCGGACCACUUGGCAGCGAACAAAGCUUCCUUUCCGCCUUGGCCAUCUCCUGGGGAUGCGGAUGCUUACUCAUUGCCGUCAUUUUCCACUGGGCCGUCCGAAGAAACAUUGUCUUCCAAACGGGAACGAUGGCAGAUGUCCCUCCGGAGGACAUCCAGAACCAGUGGAUUCAACAUGCUAAGGCUUGGAGGAAUUAUUAA